GUGAUAAACUGAACGAAAACAAAGUCAAUCAAUCGCUUCUUGAUCACAAUGUCCUCCUUCACAUACGAUGUUUUCCGCGGCUCCGCUGAGGGCAAGAUCGUGCCCGCCCAGACGACCAGCGAGCUCGGCCAUGGCGAGGUCUUCAUCGAGACCACGCACUCCGGUCUCUGCGGUACCGACGAGCACUACCUGAAGGCGGACCAGGUCCUGGGUCAUGAGGGUGUCGGAAUCGUCAAGGCUGUCGGUCCGGGUGUCACUGAUGUGAAGGUCGGAGCGCGUGUCGGCUUCGGAUACACGCACAGCGUGUGUGCCAACUGCGACAACUGCGUUACCGGAUGGGACCAAUAUUGCCGCAACCAGAAGCAGUACGGCUUCCACGACCUGCACAACGGCACGUUCAGCUACGGAGCGAUCUGGGACGCCAAGUGCGUGUACCCGAUUCCGGAAGGCUACGACUCGAUCAACGCGGCGCCGCUGAUGUGCGCCGGCGCGACGGUGUGGACGGUGCUGUCUGAGUACGGCAUCAAGGCGACUGACCGCGUGGCCGUCAUGGGCAUCGGCGGCCUGGGCCACAUCGCCAUCAAGCUGGCGGCCGCCAUGGGCUGCCACGUGGUGGUGCUGUCCAGCUCCGAGGCCAAGCGCCAGGAGGCCAUGGAUUUCGGCGCCUCCGAGUACCACGUCUUCCGGUCUGGCGACGCCGUCCCCGAGGGCUUCAAGCCCGUCAACCACCUGCUGCUGUGCGGUAGCGGGGCCGUCGAUUACCCUUCGCUCAUCCCCCUCAUGGCUACCCACGGAAGCAUCUACCCGCUCACCGUGGCCUUCGAGCCCGCCCGCAUCCCCAUGCUGGACCUCGUCUGGCGCGGCGUCCGCAUCCAGGGCUCCCUCGUCGCCUCCCGCAAUAGCAUCCGCUCCCUGCUUGAGUUCGCCGCCCGCAAGAACAUCACCCCUGCCGUUAUGACUUUCCCCCUCACCAAGGAGGGUAUCGAGGUGGCCAUGGAGACCCUCAGACAGGGUAAGAUGCGCUACCGUGGUGUUCUUGUCAAGCCUUAGGUGGCUGUUGCUGUCGAGGUGACUGUUGACGGUGUAUGAUGAUUUUGUUUUGCACAUACCAAAAGUGGCGUUGAGGCGGGCUGGACUUGACUUGUAUAGAUAUAGAUAUAGAUUUAGACAUGG